AUGGCAGAGCUUCACGAAAACCUGGCGGGCCUGCGUGGCCUGUACCAGGAUCUUUCUGCUGCUUCGGAUUCUUCACUAUCCAAUGUUGAACGACUAAUCGCUGAAUUGGACCAUCACAUUAAAGACUUCCGGAAACUCCUAGACAAACCCGCGAAAAACAAUACAAGCCGCCAGCAAGUUCUCUCAGGGAAAAUCAAAUUUGCCGAUGUCACAUAUGAAAUCAACACAGAUUUCCAGCAAGGUGCUCUACAACUAGCAGAUGCGCUGAACAUUGACGAGCUGGAGGCGGCUGGGAUGUUCCUGGCUGCGCAGGAGGAUUCGCAAGUCCUGGACCGCCCACCUUUGAUUGCCGCCAUUAUGCGCUUCCACGAACGCCGGUCCUUCCUCCUGGAGUGCCUACGCCUUAUUUUCCGCAUAUCGGGCGACACCGAGCCACAGAUUCUCGCAACUUACGCACAGAAUGCUUUGGAAGAGAUCCUGGAGACCAAGAGUUCUCUGCAAAACGCCUCGCUUUAUUCGAGAAAGGCCUUGCAGGCAAUGAAUGACAUUGAAAAGUGGAUAUUGCUGCUUGCAGACCAGGCCCAGAAAGCUUCUGUUGUUGGUCAACAAGAAGAUCAAGAUAUCAUGGAAGCGAUUGAAUAUCAACGUCACAGCCUCCAGCAACAGCACGAAUCGCUUGGUGCCGUCUUGUGUCAUUUAUUCAAGGGAUCAUUGACAAGCGUUGAAGACUUCCGUGUUCUUAUUAGCCAGUUGAAGAAAUUGGAGAGACUCGACGGGCUGUUGAUUCACUACAUUCCCCUAACUAUUGCGGCCUUCAGUCGAUACGGUUCUCCCGAGGGCAACCAGUCACGCCAGGAAGCUCGGAGCCUACACUCAGCCAUUACCAGUGCUACAGAUAGCCAAACUUGGAAAUUACCGCAGUUCCAUGCUGCUAUUAUUGCUUUGUGGCUCUCGGUCUACAGUGGAUGGUAUUUUGAGGAUGGACCACCUUCUCCCAUCCCAGGAGCAUCUGAUCCGGAAAAGGAAGCAAAGGACCGCACCAAGAUGUUCAUGACCGCUCUGGAUGAUGGUGCCCUUGACUUGAUGCUGGCCAUCUGUUCCAGGGUCAACAGUGAAGAAUGGGCUGACCCGGCCCGAAGUGAACUCGUGGCACUUCUUCUCAGAGAAAGCGUCAUAACAUUGCCCGAACUGGAUCCUUGCAGUGAUUACAUGAAACAAUUAUUGAUGGAGAGCUUUGAAGUCUAUGUGGAAUCUUGUAUUGCGAAUAUGCCGGAUGCUGUUCGCUUGCUCAAAUCGGAGGAGGACACCCAGAGGCUAGAUCAAAUCACGGCUCUCAGGGAUGGGCUGACAUCAAGUCUCCACCGUGGCUUGGUUGAGGCACGAACCCACCUUGAGUCGCUUUUGAUGGUUAUCUCAUUCUCCUUUGAGCACCGACAGGAAGCUGCACAGGAAUUCUGGGGUGACUCCGAUGGCAACCUUUACGGGUUUCUUCAAUGGGCAUCUAAACGACAAACUGUCCCUCGUGUAAGCGCUUUCUGUGAGAUGCUUUGCUCUAUCUCCGAGGGCGAAGACAAUGCCGCUGCUGCCCAUCGGUUCCUAUCGGAAGAAGACAAGUUCAUGGGCUCGAAAUUAAAACGUUCAACGACAAUGAACUGGAUGCAAAUGUUUGCUGAACUAGAACUCUAUGCCACCCGUAUCACGGAAAAGCCUUCAUCGGGUGCUACUCCGCAAGGCAUGAUGCGCAGCCGCAAAUCAGAGCCUGUAGAUAUGAGCGAGCCCGAGAGUCCAGUCAUGUUGACUUGUUACCUGCGUCUGAUGGGACACCUAUGCAAGCAAAGUGGAACCAUUCGGGAGUGGAUGCUACAGAAUCAAACGUUCAAUGUGGUCGAAAAUCUUCUCAAGUUAUGCAGUGGACCAAUUCCGACACAUCUCAGGGCUACCACCUUUGCCACGCUCUCGGCGCUGAUGACUGAUAAGACUAUCGCCUACGGUAACGAGAUGUGGAUCCAAGUAGACACCUACUUAUCUUGCGAGCGCUUGGCUUCUCUAUGCUUUGGCAAAUUCCCUCACAUGCCUAGUUCCAAUAUGGGUGCAUGGCGCCAGCAACAAGCGUUUCAGAUGGUUGGCGAGAGCUUUGAUCAAACCAAUGCGCUAGUUGGCUUGGUAAAUUCGUUGAUCGAGCCACCAUCUGAAUCCACUGAUAAUCCUCUAUCACUUUCCUUCCCAGAGUCAUUAGGCUCAGCUUAUCGCAUGCCCGGCAUUGAACCCUAUGUCGACUUCAUUCUAGGACACGCUUUGUCUCGCAAAAUCCAGGAGCUAAAUGACUAUCAGUCCCGUCUGCUGACCUACAACUGCUUGAACUUCGUUCUCGCAAGUCUGCGAACUUUCAACGAGGACCUGGUAACCGUGCUCAGUCAACCGUCUCAUGCAUCUGACUCGGCUGCUACAAGCUCAGCCCUCGCCACAUACCUUCGCCUUCAUCCGUUUGCUCGUGUGAUGGAAUGGCUUUUCAACGAAGAUGUCCUCAAAGCUUUGUUCGCUACUAGCCAGCAGGAUAUCGCACAUAUUGCACAGGCGUCAUCCGAUUCUGUGGUGGUAUUGACCCUUCUUCGCAGCCUUGAAGUGAUGAACAUGAUUAUGGAUCUUCAAUCCACGUAUUUUAACGUGGUGAAGCCAUUGGUGAAGACUCACAUGGGAACCAUCAAAGUGAAUGUUUCGAACUCGUCGCUCGCUUCUUUCGAAGAUAGCGUGCUUAAUAACCUGUCUUUGGUUCCUGUUCUGUGCUUGUAUUGUGGUACAGGACACCAGCAACUUACCAUUACUGCAAUGGCGUUAUUGGAAAAACUCGCAAGUUCUCGCAAGCUGAACAAAAUGUCCUCCCCAGAGAUUACCAAGUGGCAGUCCUCGAAUAAAAUCGUGGAAGUUCUCGCUAGUGAGGUGGAUGUUGACAGUGUAUCUCGCUCGCUUGUGUCGCAAAUGCGCCCAGACGAGAGAGAACUGGACUGCUUGGGGAUGAUCACCGACCGUCCUACUGUUGCGCAUCUUCUUCUUGGUUUUGGUUCUGUGGGUAAUAUGCUCGAUGUGCCAACAAAUGGCUUAUUCGCGGAGCGUAUGUCGCUAUUUCACACCAUCAUUGAGUUCCUCAAGUUUUAUCCUGAGCACCUCGACGGGCAAUUUACAUCAUGGACCCUUCACAUUAAACGCAUUGCUUUUGAGGUCUUAAGACACUUGUGGUCUUCUAAGCUUGCAACAUAUUUCACGCUCGGUGAGAUGCGCGCUCAUGCGUUCCUAGACAGCAUGUUCACCAGACAGGUCAUUGUUGGUCCAAAUACUCCCUGGAAUGGCUUUCCAGUGACAGAUGAACAAUUUUGGCUCACGGAUGCUACGUCGGCCUUGGCUGAAUUUUUGCUUUAUCGAAGCCACCUUCUCGCAUACGCUGCCACUGAAAUCCGUGCUGCCGCGAAGACUGGAUCGCCUACUCUUCAAGACGAGAUCCUGUCUACGCUGCUUGGGAACUCAACAGUGGAUGGCGAAACUAUCAGAAUCCCGUCCGUGUUCGAUUUGUUUGACUUUGCGGAUUUGGACGUGGUCCGUGACUUCAGUCUGCCGGAUCUGUCACUGCUUGGUCAUGUUGCUUUGGAUGUUUGUGCUAAGGAAGAAGACUCCAUCCUGCUCUAUAGUAUUUCCGAGGUUGAGGAGCUUAUCCAGGUUGAAAAAGCCAAGCUGAUGGCCCAUGGGCUGUCCCGACCUCAAGAUGAAGAACAGUUCCAAAGAGAAGCUGAUAGUUUGAAGUUGUUUAUCCUCGCAACAAACCAGUCUCGCCAGAUUCAACAUAACCGUUACCUCGCUCUCAGCUCCUGGGCCGAGCUGAUUACUACUAUCAUCAGUUGCUCGGUUAUGGAUGAUUCUAAUCGGCCUACAUUCAUCCUGCAUGUCAUUCAGCUCAUCCUCCCUAAACUCGAGAUUUCCAUCGAGGGAGAUUUACCAGAGGCAAUUGAGCUUGCGCGACUUGCUGAAACGCUGAUUGGCAAGCUCACAUCCGACUUGUCUACGAUUCACGGCUCUCGAAGUGGAGACAUCAUUGAUGAGAAGCUACACCAGAUUUUCCAAGUCUCUAUGCGAGGCAUCAAGGUUGCUACCGGCAAUGUGUCUUUGAGGGAGACAUUGUAUGGAAUAUGCUCUCAUUACAUUAAUCGCAUCACAACAUCCGAUUUGACUCAUGAUGUUCUCCGACGGCAUAGUCAGCAAGUCGUCAAAUCUUCAGGGUCUGCCCUUGUGGAAAUUAUCUGCGAUGACGCCUACAAUGGCCAGGAAAGCUGUAGAGCAGCUUCUCUUCUCUUGUUGAACUGUUUGGCCGCCCUUGAUUCCGCCACUGAUUGUGUUCUUGCGGAGUUGAUCUCACAGUCUAACUAUCUCACUCUUUUCCUGGACACCAUCAGGUCCUUACCCGAGGAGCUGCGGAAUGCUCAAGCAGCCGACGCGGCUGUUCUUCUUGCUUCCUCCGAGUCACUGUUGGCUUUGCUCCAACUGCUUUGUCAGAACAAGAAGGGAGCAAUGGUCGUGCUCAAGAGCGGUCUUUUCGAGUCAGUCCGAGAGUCUCAGCUUUUCGCCGUUGACCCCGAUAUCGGCAUUGAUAUUGAUGACCCUGAUUCCUUGCGAAGGUUUUACGAUCUCCUUCUGUCAGUACUCCGUGUUAUCGUGACCGCUGUGUUUUCUCGUGGUAUCCACAACGAGCAAAUCAAGGCACAGACUCGUGCUUUUAUUGGCGAGAACCGCGCAUGCAUGGUUGGAGUGUUCAAACGAUUCGCCAAGAUUGGAGGUGGCGCUUUAGCCGGUCACCAAGAAGUGCUUUGUGAACUGGUCAAGUCAUUCAUGGUUCUUGUAACUGCGACUGAUUACCUUGACUUUGAAGAACAAGAGGUUCAACAAACCACCCGGACCACCUUAUUCUCGUGA